AUGGCAGACAACCUCCCAACCCGCAAACUCCACCUAACAGCCUUCAUGCGCCCAGUUUCUCUACACACAGGGGCAUGGCGCUACCCAGGCUCCUACCCAGAUGCAAAUUUCAAUUUCAAACACUUAACAAGCUUCAUCCAAAAGCUCGAAGCGGCCAAAUUCGACGCCUUUUUUAUGGCCGAUCACCUCGCAGUCCUAAACAUGCCCGUCGAAGCCCUAAAGCGCAGCCACACAGUGACAUCCUUCGAACCAUUCACUCUCCUCUCCGCCCUCUCGGCUGUGACCGAGAAGAUAGGUCUCGCAGCUACAGCAAGCACAACAUAUGAUCAACCCUACCACGUUGCACGUCGCUUCGCAAGUCUAGAUCACCUAAGCAAUGGCCGCGCAGCAUGGAAUAUAGUUACAACCGGGAACCCGGAAUCCAGCCACAACUUCGGUCUCGAUGAGCACAUGGCUCAUGGAGAUCGAUAUAAGCGUGCGCGGGAGUUCUACGAUGUUGUGACUGGGUUAUGGGAUAGUUUUGCAGACGACGCAUUUACGAGAGAUGUGGAGACGGGUCAGUAUUUUGAUCCCGAGAGGAUGCAUGUUUUGAAUCAUGUUGGAGAUGAGUUGAAGGUUAAGGGGCCUUUGAACAUUGCUAGGCCUGUGCAGGGGUGGCCUGUUAUUGUGCAGGCUGGGCAGAGUGAGCCUGGACGGCAGCUCGCGGCUGAGACGGCAGAGGUGGUAUUUUGCAGCCCGAGGGAUAUUGGGGCUGCGAAGGUGCUUUAUGCUGAUAUUAAAGAGCGGGUUAUGAAGGCUGGACGGGAGAAGGAGCAAUUGAAGAUCUUACCGGCGGCAAUGAUCAUUGUUGGGGAUAGUAAAGAAGAUGCGCAGAGGAAGAGGCUGGAGUUGGAUGCUUUGGUGCAUUAUGAGAGUGGUAUUGCUUCUUUAUCGAUCAUGCUUGGGGUUGAUGCUAGUGUGCUUGAUCCGGAUGGCCCUUUGCCGGAGGACUUACCGGAGACAAACGCAAGCAAGACAGCCAGGGAGAGUGUGGAGCGACUUGCUAAAGAAGAGGGAUUGACUGUCAGGCAGCUUGCGCAGCGGUCUGGAGGAUAUUCUGGCUUGGCGUUUCUCGGCUCGGCGAGUGACAUCGCCGAUGAAAUGGAGAUCUGGUUGAAAGAAGAGGCCUCGGAUGGCUUCACGUGCGUUUUUCCGUUUUUGCCUCAGGGACUGGUGGAGGUGACGGAUAGGUUGAUUCCGGAGCUGCAGCGAAGAGGGCUAUUCCGAAAUGAUUAUACUGACUCUACGCUACGUGAACACUUUGGCCUCGACAGGCCAGAGAACCAGUUUUUCUCUACUAAUUGA